AUGCAAAUCCUCGGUCUAUUCAAAUUGACUGGUGCAUUAUUUAUCCUGAGCAUGAUCUCGCGAGUCGCAGCUGCAAUGGCUUCGGAGAAUAUCUUUAGGCUGUCCAGCCUCGGCGGUCUCAUUGUUGGGCAACACUUCCAAGCGAAUGCCGAUGCUGGUGAACACGAUACCAAGCCCUUGAAAGAGGCCUGGGGCCUGCGAGCGGGAGUCUACACCCCCCGUCAGCUGGUAGAAGGCUUCGCUCCUCUUCUUGACGCCGUCGUUUUCCGUCUAGGAACCGAUCCUCCAAAUUCGAAGCCCGCCCGUACACAGCUGUUAGACAACGUCGCUGCCAACCUAGCUACCGACACUCGUGAGAGUACCCUCCGGCUCGUGGAGCCCCUCGACAUCUCACGGCGAGAAAUAAAAGACCAGGCCAAUCGCAUUGGCAAGACCCUCGUACAAUGGGCACGCGAAUCCAGCUCCAAAUCGUUCAAUCCGGACAUGUCCCUACGCAGUCCCUGCGAGGGCCACCUUCUUACUCGCCCGAAUGUGGACCUGAUGUUCGGCGAUCGAGCUGCACCACCUUUAAUGCAGCUUUUCAAUGAAUACAUGCAUCAAAUGGUUCUGCUCCGCGAUGCCCUAUUGCCAUUCCAGAAUUACCAAGACGUGCUCAUCCCGGUGGAUCGACAUGCAAGAGGUAUUCGACACCUUGAAGCUGGGAGGAGCAAGUUUCUCGCGGAGGUUUUGACCAAACACGCUACUCAGCAGGGCGUCAUUGCGUAUGCCAAAGCGCUACUUGCUCCUGGGUUACUCUCCAACCCUGCGGUGGGAUAUGGAUUCCAGUACGCGCAUGGUACUGUUCUACCAGCGUUCCUGGCCGGGGGUCCAACUUCAUUACACUUGCUUCAGUAUCUGCCUACAAAGAUUGAUGAAACCACGACGGAAGUUUCUUUCGAGUACAAGUUUCAGGACUAUUAUUCUGCGCAUCGCGGAGAGAUUUCAGAAGGCAGCCCAACUCCCGCGUCUCAGAUGCAGAUCUACCCAGAAACCAAAGCUACCAACGUCAAGAGCGCCGUUAUCGACGUGUCAAUUGCCUCAAAACCCACUUCAUCCCGGCUCUUGGAGCUACGACUUGAGUUGGAUAACGAGAAAUGCAUCAGUGUCGAUUUAGGCCAAAUCGCACGCGGUCAUCGAUACUCAUAUCCGAUCCAGAAUGCCCCAGACAAAGAAGUCUCCAAAUUUACCCCGGAAUAUAUCGUGCAUGACGCUCUGCGCAUUUUGCAAUCUGAAACCGGCGGUUUACUCAGUGCACAGGAAGGAGGUGUACAUGUUAUUCCCGUCAAGGACCCUGUCAUUGCCUUGGCCCUCUUGGGGAAGUUAUACCCAGAGAACGUCGUUCUACUUCCUGGAAGUGAGACCCUUUGUAAAGCAGAAUCUGCGGGAAAGGGCUUUGAGCCGAAAUUUGUGAUUUGGGGUGGUUCGAGGCGUGGGGGGGUUAAGGGUGUGUUUGAGCAGUGA